GGAGAUUCUGGUGAAAAAAAGCAUGGUAUAUUAAAACGGAGACAGAUGUUUUUAAAAAAAGUUCCUGUUGGACUGUACUAAAUUUUCCCCUCUCUCCGACCAAUGGACUCCGACCACCGCGUCGGAGAUCUCGUCCGGCAACUCGUCCACCAUUUACAAAACACCUCUUCCUCAAACCCUAACCCCGAAGACGUCAACUACGCCAUCCGCAUUCUAUCAAGCCGAAUGACCCCCCCAUCACAAGCCGCCGACGAAGCCAACUCCAUCAAAAGCCGUUUAGCCAAACAAUCAAAGCUCUCCCAUGCCUUAACUUUCGCAGAUCUUUAUUCCAAAUUCGCCUCUAAAACCGGUCCCGGUAGCGUAAUCAACAAGCAAUCUCUUCUUUAUUUGCUCAAAGUCAUUUCCGAAGAUCGAGUUACAAACCCUCACCCUAAGUCACGCACCGAUAGUUGUUACAAUUUGUUGAAAAAUGGUGGAGUUUUGAAUAUAGUUAGAAACCCUAAUAAUACGGUUGUUAGGGAUUUUGCUAGGUUAGUGAGUGAGGAGAGUGAUGUGUUGGAAAAGGAUUUAGUGAGUGACGUGUUGUCUGUUUGUGAAGGAAUUCAUGGAAAGUAUGUGAAGUUCGAUGAGAUGCUUGAUUCCUAUGUUUUAUCGGAGUCGAUUAAGGUGUCCAAAGGGAUGAGGAUUAUGGUUUUAAAGCUCUGUGAGCUCGGGUGGUUGUUUCGGAAGGUGAAUCGCUAUGUUUGUGACGAUAUAGGUGAGAAUGUUGGUAAAUCGUUUCGUGUUGGUUUGCAGGAUGAGGUUGUGGAGUAUCGUAAGUUGUUGACGGUGCUUCAAUCGCAGUCGUUGAAUCUUUCUUUGAGGAGACUUGCGGUUUGGUUUGUUGAACCGAUGGUUAAGAUGAGGCGAAUGGCUCUUCUUGUGGACAGCUGUAAGGAUCUCAAGGGUGGGGCUUUGGCUGGAGAAAUUCAUUUGCAUGCUCAACAUGGUGAUCCUCUGCUUCAUGAGUUCAUGAAACGGUUACUUCUUAAGGUUUCUUCGCCUGUUUUUGAAAUGGUGAGGAGUUGGGUAAUGCAAGGCAAUCUUCAAGAUUUACACUCCGAGUUCUUUGUAUCCGAACAAUCUGUCAAACCAGAGUUAUUAUGGAAAGAAGGUUAUCAAAUUAAUUAUCUUAUGCUUCCAUCUUUUAUAUCCAAAUCGCUUGCUACUCGCGUGUUAAGAACAGGUAAGUCGAUUAAUUUCCUUAAAGUUUGUUGCGAGGAUCAUAGUUGGGCAGAUUUAGCACCAAGUAGAGGUCUUGGAUAUGGUGAAACUAAUGCACUUGAAUCUUUGGUCACUGAAGCAGAAAAGAGAAUAGAUAAACAUUUAAUGCAUGCUAUUUUUAACCGCUAUAAGUUCAAAGAUCACUGUCUAGCGAUUAAACGUUUUAUAUUGUUAGGGCAAGGCGAUUUCGUGCAAUAUCUAAUGGAAACUGUGGGUCCAGUGCUCGCAGAGCCUGCUAAGACGAUCAGCUUAAUUCAUUUAUCUGGGCUAGUGGAGAAGGCCAUUCUGUCAUCCGGUGCACAAUAUGAUGAUCGUGACAUUUUAGAUAGAAUAAAAGUUAAGAUGAUGAUGCCACACGGUGUUAAAGAUAGGGGGUGGGAUGUGUUCCAUUUGGAUUACGAUAUAAGAGUUCCGUUAAAUACGGUAUUUACAGAAUCUGUAAUGGGUAGUUACCUGAGAGUUUUUAGUUUUCUGUGGAAGAUUAGAAGGGUAGAACAUGCUGUUCUUGGUGCUUGGAAGACCAUGAAGCCGAAUUUGACCAGUUGUCACGUUUUCACCAACUAUCCAAAGGCGGUGGGGUUGCAGAUAGUUUCGACGUCGCGGAAAUGCCAGCUUCUGUGGGAUAAAAUGAAUAAUUUUGUUAUGAGUAUGCAGGCGUAUAUAAUGUUUGAAGUAUUGGAGGUGACGUGGGCUAAGUUCUGUAAUGAAAUGGAAGCGUCCAAAGAUCUUGAUGAUCUGAUUGCUGCUCAUGAGAAAUAUCUUGUUACAAUUGUUGAGAAGUCGCUUCUUGGAGAAACAUCUGAAGCUCUUUACAAGGCUCUGUUGAUGUUGCUUGAUGUCAUAUUGCGGUUCACCAGUGUUGCUGACCGGCUAUAUGAAUUCAGAACAAGAAAUACUGCUACUAGUAAGACCAAAGAUGCUAACAAGACUUCAAAAAGCAAAGGUUUGGAGACAGAUUCAUGGCUUAACGAAGGAAGAAAGGCUGUAACACAACGCGCUGGCGAAUUUCUUAGUAUUAUCGGACAAGAUUUAGAUGCGGUUUCAAAAGAAUACUCGUCUGUUUUGAAGGGGUUUAUUUCUCAACUGCCUACACAACGACAUGUUGAUCUCAAGUUCCUCAUGUUUCGGCUAGACUUUACUGAGUUUUAUAAACUGGCAGCUUAGCUCUGAUGAAGCUUGCAUAGCAAGUAAACUAGUUUAGAUCUUGUUUUAGGGGAAAAUUCAAAUUCCUACCGAUUAGGUUUUAAAAGCCUCAGGAGCACUUCAUACACAUGUGGGUCAAAAUUAGGGCUUGGAGGAUGCUGAAAUGUAAAACAGACAAAAAGUAUGAAGAUAAUAUGAAUGGGGUUUAUUUGAUACAUAAAGCUUAUAUGGUUUUACUCCGUGCCUUGGCUUUCGGGACUUGAAUGCCUUGCACUUUCUAAAACCAAGAAACCAUUAUCUGUUGUACUAUGAUGACCAUGGUUCGCACUUGUUUUUUCAGACUGAUAUUAGUACUGCUUGAUGUCCCUGCAUGGUUUUGCAGUUCCUACA